AUUAUGUAUUGUGUUAUGAAAUUGAAUGCAUUAUUAAAUUGAUUGCAAUGUCUUUGUGUUAAAUGUCUUGUAUUUUGACCACAAAAGUCUUGAUUCAUGUCUACCAUCACUUGAUUUGGUCGACAAUUGUUUAACCGCCGCCAUAGUGGCCAUCUAUUGUCAGUGACACCAAUUGAAUCAUCGGAACAAUUAGUGUCCCGCAGAUAAUGGACACCGACAUCACCUGUCACUCAAUGUAUGCUAAAGACACCGAUAAAGACGUGUUUGUCUGUCGACAUAAGGACUGUCACUACGAGACAGCAGAUGAAAAUGAUGUUCAAAUACAUUGUACACGACAUACACAUCGAGACAACACCGAUGACAACAAAACCGAUGCACUUGAAGUGACCACGGCUGAGAACGGCAACGAUUUGAUGACAAUGAGGAAAACGGGUCGAUAUGUCUGUGAGGUUCCUGAUUGUGGCAAACAUUUCUCGUAUUUAAAAUGUUUUGAAAGUCAUAAACGUAACGAACAUUCGGUGAACGAAAAUAAUGGUACAAACAGUAGGGAUCAGUUGGUUAAGAGUGACAAUAGUUGGGAAUUAUAUGUCGAUUGCAGGGAAACGGACGGCACUAACAAAUUAUUCUGCAAAUGGCCGGACUGUCUGUUUGGGUCUAACUUACGAAUGGUUCUCAAACAACAUAUUAUAAAUAAUCAUUUGACACAAAAGCGGAUCAGAUGUCCUCCAAAGACACACAAUGAAUACGAAUAUUGGGAUAAAUUAUUAUUUGACAAAAAGGGAGUCAGACUUUCCAGUGAAAAACAAACUACCGGUAAAUCACCCGUUCAGACAAAUAAUGGGACAAAGGUUGCGACCAACAAACCAAACAAUACAACACCGCGACAACAAAAAGAAAUUAAAAAAUCAGUUUCUUCUGUUAAACAACAGAAACGACAACAACAAUCACAAUCAAAGACUCAAAUGAAAAGUCAAUUGAAAAUUCGAUCUAAACUUCAUUUAAAAACUCAAUUAAAAGCUCAACCGAAAAGUCAAAUUAGACCUCAUUUACCAAAACUUGCGCCUAAUUUACAAAUUAUUAACUUAAAUACAACAGAAUCUGUUUGUCCGGAUUCGGACAGUAAGCUGUUAGAGAAAAGACGUAUCAGUAUUGAUAAAAACAGAAGUGAUGUUUUGUUGAGCUGUAAAGGAUUGGCGAGUAUGGCGAGUGUUACCCAAUAUUUUAACAAACGUUUAAUCAAUGGAGAGAAGAUCUAUUGGUGCAAAUGGGGUGGUUGUCAGUUCAAGACCAAAAAGAGCCAGAAGAUUGCCGAACAUAUAAAUCUGUCACACAUUGGUGUCGACUUUAAGUGUAAUAAACCUAAUUGUAAUAAAGUGUUUAAAAACCCGCAUUCGUAUCGCGAACACCAAAAGAAUCACAUUUGCGGAUUCGGCAGUUUUGGCUAUGGAUCUAAAGGAGUGAUCGGUGUCUGUCGUAAUGAAAAUCUUUUCAAAUACAGGGAACGAAUUAUAGUAAAGGGGAAAAAAUACUACAGAUGUAAGUGUUGUCACGCAAUCACUAAAUACUUCACCGGAAUGAAGAGACACAUUCAUUCUCAACAUAUCUGUCCCUUUCGUAUGAAUCUUCAUCUGACUAGACAUCAGACACCAAUGGCUAUAAAACAAGAGAUUAUGGAUUUGGAUAUUGAUUUUGAUUUAUUCAAUAAUCAACAAUUCAUUUGUUGUCUCAAAUGCAACGAAUUUUUCGAUUCUAAAGAGCAGUUAAAACAACACCAGACGUUGUUUUGUCAGUUCAAAGACAGGACUGUUAGUGAUAUUAAAAUCGAAAAUUCAGAUGAUUUUAAUUCAAAUGAUCAAUUAAGUGAUAACUUUGAUGAAUUUGAAAAUACAAUCUAUUAUUGCUGUCAAUACGAUGACGACUGUAAAUAUGUUACACCACUUAAGGACAAAAUAAAUGAUCAUAUAUUACACCAUUUGAAUAGUGGAUCGACUUUCGGUCAUUCCGGUGAAUCUUACGAUUACUUAAAUCCUAUUUCAAUAUUUGAGCCCCAGAUUAAAGUUGAACCAAUUGAUUAUGAAGACAGCGAUGGCUUUACUGGUUUGACUGAUAACUUAGAUGUAAAGCCGUCGACAUCGGGUUUACAGAGUAUUCAAACAAAUUAUACGAAUAUCGAAAAAUUUAUAGAAAUCAAGUGUAUAGACGGCGAUCCAAAUUAUUUUUGCGUUUAUAAUACACUUAAAUGCAAAUAUUAUACUAAAGAAUUUGUUGAUAUUAAGAAUCACAUUAAGGAAUCGCAUGUUUUAUUUGAAUGUGAUAUUAAAGAUUGUGGCAAACAUUUUAAGAAUUUGAUUGCUUUGAACGCUCAUAAAGUUAACCACAUUUGCGGAUUUGGUAUCAAAGGUCGCAAAUCCAAUGGUGUCUGCAGUUUGGAUAAUAUCAAGAAGUAUUGCGACGAAAAAUUGUUUAAUAAUAAUAUAGUCUAUGCGUGUAAAUGGACGGACUGUAAGUUUGUGUCCAAAACUCGUAAUAAUGUUCUCAGUCAUAGCCAUCACAAGCAUAUCUGUCCCAAUCGCAUGUUAGCUAACAAUCAAAAGAAACCGAUAAUUAAUUUUCGCAAAACUAAAGCAUUUAACGAUCGGACAUCUCCUCCGACAGCAUUGCCAUUGAUUGAUGAGUCGCACUGUGAGAGCAAUUCAUCACUGGAUUCAAUGGGCAAAACAGAACCCGAAGUUUUGGGAACAUUUGGCACUCAAGAAAGUCUCGACAAUUUUGUUAAAUAUAGUGAAGAAAUUAUGGUCGACAAUAAAACAGUAUUUGUAUGCCAUUAUCCCAACUGUUUUGUUACCGUUCCUCGAAAUCGAUCGUAUUCUCCGGGAAUUCUCGAUAAAUACACCUCUUAUGUCACCGAUUUUAAACAUAAUAUGAUUCGACAUAUUAGACGUCAUUGUAACGACAAGCCGUUUGUUUGCGGUAUAAAUGGUUGCGAAAAGCGGUUUAGUUGUUCGUCACAACAUAAGAGCCAUCAGUCGAGUCAUUCUUUACGUUAA